CACUUCUCCAAAUUUCUCUUUGACUCUGCUUCAUCGACACAACCGUUCUGCUAUUCCUGAUACUCUAUUAACCUACUACUGGUGUCUGUAAUCUCUCCGGAACCGCAGCCAAUUUGAAUCUACGGUCAUGGCGCCCUCUCUCGAGGAGCCCGCGGUGGCCUCUUUCGAUGCGCCAUCAUCCAAGGCACCCAAUCUGGUCGCUCCCGAGCCAGAACACUGCCCUGGCCCCGAGUCCGAGCAGGCCGGUAAAGGUGACGCCUGCGCCGGUUGUCCCAACCAAUCGAUUUGUUCCACCGCCCCCAAAGGACCCGAUCCCGAUAUAGCCAUCAUCACCGAGCGUCUCUCGCAGAUCCGACACAAGAUCCUAGUUCUCUCCGGCAAAGGUGGCGUGGGGAAGUCGACCUUUUCCUCCCUCCUUGCCCAUGCGUUUGCGGCAAACCCGGAAUCCACCGUCGGACUAAUGGACACCGAUAUCACCGGACCUUCUGUCCCGAAAAUGAUGGGCGUCGAGGCGGAAACGAUUCAUGUGAGCAAUGCCGGCUGGAGUCCGGUGUGGGUGACGGAUAACCUGGGUGCCAUGAGCGUGCAGUUCAUGCUGCCCAAUCGGGACGAUGCGGUGAUUUGGCGGGGACCGAAAAAGAACGGUCUUAUAAAGCAGUUCCUGAAGGACGUGGACUGGGGUGAGUUGGACUACCUCAUCAUCGACACGCCACCCGGCACCUCGGACGAGCAUCUGUCGGUCAACUCAUUGCUGAAGGAGUCGGGUGUGGACGGGGCGGUGGUCAUCACCACCCCCCAGGAAGUGUCGCUGCUGGACGUUAGGAAAGAGAUCGACUUUUGCCGCAAGGCAGGGAUCCGAGUGCUCGGGUUGGUGGAAAACAUGUCAGGGUUCGUUUGCACCGGCUGUGGGCACGAGUCCAAAAUCUUCCGGGCCACGACGGGAGGCGGCAAGCGGCUCGCCAAGAAAAUGGGCAUUCCUUUCCUGGGAUCUGUUCCUCUCGACCCGCGAGUGGGCAUGGCCUGUGAUUACGGCGAAAGCUUUGUGGACAACUUCCCGGAUAGUCCGGCAUCGACUGCCAUCAAAGGGGUUGUGCGAUCGGUUGGCCAGCUGGUCGGCGAGGAUCCGGAGGCCGUGCUGCCCGACGAACUGAUGGAAUGAUUAUAUGCAUGCUUACUUACAUUUGAUUUUCUCCAGCGUGAUGCAUUGGGGCCGCCUGCUAAAGGGUAUGUUGG